AAGGAGGGGGGGGGGGGGAUGUGGUUUGAGGCUCCGGGGGGCCGACCAGUUGAAAAGGCAGGGAAUGAAGGUGGAAAAAUACCAGCCGGUUUUCUAAAGUGUUUUUUUUUUUUUCCUCGUCCAGGAAGUGAUGUUGGGAAUAUGCUUUUAAACUACAUCGGAAGAAAACCAAAAAAGGCUUCGAAACGCCAAGUUUGGUGAGCUUGCCGCAUUCCGUCAGCGCGUUCGGGUCAUUUAGGAAAACAGAUGCCGGGAUACCUUUGAUCACUCAUUCGCCAACACCCCUGCACCUCUGCUGAGCUCACACCCAGAAAGAAUCCCAUACAAUGAUCUGUGACGCCUGGUGCCAUCUUGCAGCUGUCAUCUACCUCAUAUCUACAGGGCUCUGUGCUGGUGCAAGGGGGGAUGUCCUCAAAGCGACCAGUUUGCCUUUGUUCCCUCAAAAGCCCUUUGCUCUUAUUUGGAAUGCGCCAACUGAGGAGUGCCGGCCACGGCACAAGGUUGACCUGAACUUCGAUCAGUUUCAAGUGAGAGCCACCCCGAAUGAGGGCUUUGUGGCGCAAAACCUCACCAUUUUUUACAAGGACCGUUUGGGACUUUACCCUUAUAUUACUGAAAAAAGUGAAAAUAUUAAUGGGGGGCUGCCCCAGCUGGCCAGUCUCCAAGAGCAUCUUGCCAAGAUGCCUGAAGGUGUUAACAAGUACAUCCGAGAUACUAAGAAGAAAGGCCUGGCUGUCAUAGACUGGGAGGAGUGGCGUCCACUUUGGAUACGAAACUGGGAAGCCAAGGAUAUUUACCGUUACAAAUCACGGCUGGAGGUUGCAAGACAGAAUCCCUCCUGGACCAAAGAGCAGGUGAACAAAGCGGCCCAAAUGGAGUUUGAGGUCUCUGCCAAGCACUUUAUUCUGGAGACCUUGAAGGUUGCUAAAAACCUGCGUCCUGAACAGCUCUGGGGCUUCUACCUCUUUCCAGACUGCUAUAACCAUGACUACAAAAACAGCCUGGAGAACUACACUGGACGCUGCCCUGACGUGGAGAUCAGCCGGAAUGACCAGCUAGCUUGGCUCUGGCAGGAGAGCACUGCCCUCUUCCCCUCCAUCUAUAUGGACCCAAAGCUGCAGUCUACAGAAUUUGGCCAGCAGUUUGUUCGCAACAGAGUCAAGGAGGCCAUGAGAGUAGCCUCCAUAGGAGAUGGACUAGCCAGACCAGUGUUUGUGUACACACGACCCACGUAUAUCAAUGGGAUGAUGCUGCUGUCUGAGAUGGACCUUGUCUCUACGAUUGGAGAGAGCGCUGCCCUGGGAGCUGCGGGUGUUAUAUUCUGGGGUGAAGCAAUGUACUCCAGCAGCCCUGAGAACUGUCGGACCCUGAAGAACUACCUGGAAGACCUUCUGGGCCGCUAUCUGUUCAACGUUUCCAAAGCAGCCGAGCUUUGCAGCAGUGCCAGGUGCAGCUCCAAUGGGCGUUGUGUGCGGCUCAAUACCAACCAGAAUGUCUACUUGCACCUCAAUCCCAGCUCCUUCAAAAUCAGCAGGGUGACCAACAACUUUGUGCUGACUGGCUCAAUGUCCACUACUGAUACCAAGGCUUUCUCCAGGGACUUUGUGUGCCAGUGCUAUAGUGGCUACAAGGGAGGGUCAUGUGAGACUGACGAAGCUGUUGGCAGUAGGGGUACAACUCCCUUCCUGAUCCCCAUUGUUGUACAUGUGUUCACGAUGCUGGCAUUAACAUUGUUUUAUCAAUAGCUCAGUCUUCAGUGGACUGACGAGCAUCCGUCCCAGGAAAUCUGGAAGUAGAUAAUGUGCAGGCAAUUUUAGCUGAGCCAUGACAGGGUAGAAGAUGUGUGGAGAAAACUUGGCACUAAGCUUUAUUAGAAUACAACGCUGUUGUUUCCUGCAAUGAGAAGAACGUAAAGGUGAAACCGCAGUGCCCCCCCAAGCUACUCGCAGCCAAACCAUUAUGGUAAAGUGGCUGAGAUUUUAAUAGCAAGUGAAGCCCCAACUUCAGAAGCUUUGCAUUUUCUUUUUUUAAUGUAGUGACGGCCCUUUGCUUCACAACAGAGUUGGCAACUCUCUGCCUUUCCUUUAGCCAAGUGAAACCGCAGUGUGGGCCAGGCUUACUAGGCUUGCCUCCUCUGUUUACCAUCUAUUUUGGGUUAAGUUGAGACCGUGGAGCUAUUUUAUCUGUCCGUGGUGGAAGCCAAAGAAGACGACUGAUUCUCCUGCCUACUUGCAUUCUCGUGUGCCAAUGAGAACAGUCUGAUUUUUUUUUUCGCCCCUGUCGCUGUCCACUCUAAUGCUCUGUCUGAGCCUUAACCCAGCACCAUGUACACUAGUGACACCUGGUGCCAGCUUACAUGACGUGUGUUUGGUCACUGCUCAGCUGCUUUACUCGUGCUUUGGUGGCAGUUGAGGUUUUAUUGCUGGCUGUUAAGUUAACAAAAAAAAAGAGGAACACUGGUGUUUAUCGUGUGAAAUUGCUAAAGCCGUUCUCUGCAGUAUCCUCUCCUGCUGGAGUGGCAGUGCCCUGAGCUGCAGUACAGCCUGGCACCCUAUCACUGAUGACCAUUUUGAAGGCCUGCUCUCCCACACCGCCUUCAUGCUGCAGGCAAGAAGAUGAUUAAAGUUAUGAAUUGAGGGAAAAGUAAUGGUUUUAAUCUAGGAACACUUCAUCAGCGUACAGGGCUUUUUUUAGAUUCAGAGUUGGUCUGUCAGGUUUGCUCAGAAAUCGGCAGCACUGCUCUCCCUGCUUCAAAGCAAACCUUGGGCCUUGCUGGACGUUCCUGACCACAACGCUAAAUCGACGUGACUUUAAUUUAAUUUAUUGUUUCCAUGGUGGAUCAGGAGUGGCUCAUGUCAGCAGGUAGAAGUUUGAAUUGUUUCCCAUUUCUCCCUGGUGAUGAGAGAGGACACCUCGAGGAGAUGUGCAGGCAGUGCUUUUCAGCUCUAUGAGCAGAUGUGUCCACAAUUUUGAUACUGUGCGAAUAAAAGAUGGUUUCACUGGA